UUCAUUAUUUCCCUAGCUAAAUUAGUCUUUUUAGGUCUUGUUAUCAAUCAUGUUAAAUGUUUGUUAUCGCUUUCUGAGUGAUGGCUGAUAUCCGUGAUAAUCAGGGAAAUGUCAGUGACACCCAUCCAUCAUAUGUGGAAUUUUCUUCUUUAUGAUUUUACAUUAUGAUAACAAAUUUUUCUCAUUUUUGGCAUCUUUGUGGGUUGGCUGUUUUGUGUCAGUUAAGCUUGGAUGCACAAGUGUUCUUUCCCAAAACAAUAUGUGUACAUGAUGAGAGAAGUCACCUGAGAGCUUGUGGAUGCCAUCAUCAUUGUUAAUGGCAACAGUUACCAUGGCAACCACCUCAUCAUCAGAAGUUUCUCCUUCAGACCCAGCUAUUGCCAAGGCCCAUUUCAGGGUAGCACAGUACAUGAUGGAAGCUGGCAUCAAACUUCACUUACAGUCAGUUACUGUUGCCUCAGCCUGCACUAUGUACUAUCGUUUCUUUUCUGUGUGUGAUGUGCGGAACUAUGAUGCAUACCUUGUGGGGGCAGCUGCUAUAUACUUGGCAACCAAGGUGGAAGAACAACACGUGAAACUAAGGGACAUUAUUAAUGUGUGCUACAGAAUUCUCCAUAGAGAGGAGGCACCACUUGAAGUAGGCAAGAAAUACUGGGACCUGAGAGAGAGUGUAAUAAACUGUGAACUGCUGCUUAUUCGUAUGCUCAAGUUUAACCCUAAGGUCACCCUUCCUCACAAGUACAUGGUACACUACCUGAAGUCACUGCAGGACUGGAUGGAUCAGAACAUGUGGAGCAAGACACCUAUAUGUCGGAUGGCAUGGGCCAUGUUGGGUGACUGUUACCAUGGUAGCAUUUGCAUCCGUGUCAAACCGCAACAUUUGGCUGUAGCAGUGAUCUACUUUGCAAUGCAGUGCUAUGGUGUCAACAUGCCUCAUCAAGAGGAUCAGGCAAAGAAGAAAUGGUGGCAGGUGUUCAGCGAGGAACUCAAUGAGGAAAAGGUCCAAGAAAUUGUGGCUGAAUUAAUUGACAUGUAUGAAAUGGAAACAAAGGUGUAGCAACUAGAAGAUUAUCGACUUUGUUUUUGGCAAAGCUGCAGAAAUAUUUGUGUUUCUCUGUUUGAGGAAUGGUGAGCCAAAGGGUGCUGUUCGUCCCUUCUGAGCAUGCUUUGGGCCUCCAAUGUGCUCUGAUGAGCAACAAUCUAUCCAAUAACUGCAACAACUGAGGGAAGGCAAGAACACAGGCUGAAAAUCUGCUCUCACUGGACAAUAAGUCUGUAAAAACUUCCAGUGCGUGUUCCCAGUAGUACGCAGUCAUUAUAGGUAAUUGUGAACUCUGAUUCCAUUCCAGUGUUGACAAGAUUUAUAUCACUGCAGAGUCAGAACUGCUAUACAUCAUUGAAGGUCACACACAAUCCACUGCAUUUCUGUCUCAAGAUUUUAAGGCAACUGAUGACCAGCCUAGACCGAUGAGAUGGUUUUCCGAACCUGGGCUUCACCUAUUUUGUUGCUCUAUUUAUCCAGAAUCAGGUGACUUUAUGCUAAAACUAAUUGAAAAUAUCAGCUUUUGUCUCAUAGUAUUGACGUUGAUGGGAAAGAUUUUGAGAUGUAGUCUGUCAAGUGAGGGUCUAACAACUGAAGCUAGUCAAGAGCUUUAACGCAACUGGGAGCCACAGGCCGGAUUUAGUUUACUCUAAAGCAAAGCAAUUGUUCAGAAAUGGCUCUCCCCAGGUAGCCAAUGAUACUUAAGAACAAAUGACUUGAAAUGCUAAUAAAUGCAUGUAGUGCAUGAAAACCCGGAAAGGAACAGCUUACAUAAAUUUGUUUUGUAUUUUGUAUAUACAUGUACAUGUAUUGUACAUAAAUGAAAAUACUUCAGGCCAGGUACUGCAAAAUACAAAUACUGGUAUAUAUAUGUUGACUUGCUCUCUGGAAUUAUCAGGAAUUUUAUUUCAUUUUCAUGUCUUCCAACACAUAUUCAUAAAUAUGACAUUUUUGCCGCAUAAAGUAGUGAUAUUGCACAUUUUGCACGCAUUGGCAGUUAUCUGAAUUAUAACCUACCAUAUCUCAACACUAUUAAAUGAAGGAAAAAAGUUGCAAGCAAUUAAAUUUAAUGCACUUGUUUAUAUUUCAUUAAAACAAAAAUUUACAAGUGUGGUUGUUUUUUGCAUGCCCUGUUUAUUUGGUGUUUUACAUGUAAUUAAAUGCUAUAUUCCUGCACAAGUAAACCCUGUAAAUGCUUUGGUUCUUUUAUAUGCAUUGCAGUAAAUACACGUAAAUUAUUUCCAAAUUGUAUCCAGAUUUUAAAACCAAAAAUCUGUCAAAGUUCCAUGCUGUUGGUGAGAGCAAUUUCCUAUUUUCAAAAAAUCUUCUGUGACCACAACAUGCAAGUUGCAUUUCAGUACAAAUUAAAAUGAACUGCAACUUUAAAAAUUAAAACCAGAAAAGCUAAUGCAGUGAUGCAUGGAUAGACAAGUGUGUUUGGCGGUAUCUACUACAUUAUUCUAACUAGUUACAGAAUAAUUUAGCAGAUUUCUACACUUGCGAUGAAGUUAUCAAGGAUGAGGUUUUCAAAAUAAGCACCCUUUUCUUUACAAUGCACAGUACAUGUAACACCAUUUCAAGCAAAGUACCAGUACAUAAUGGAAGGAGAAAAAAUCAUUACACACAUUUUAGUAGUUGGUGCUAUAUUUGAGGCUGUAAUUUAUCAGGGUGAAUAAAUUAGCAUUAACUCUUCAA